UAGAUACGAAACUACGCCAGCCGACAAUUUGCCCAGGCAGUGAGCAUCUUGGGGGAAGGAAGUACCGCUUAGUUGGGGCUUGUGCAUGACUAACAUGUUUACUUCCUAAUUAAACCCUAGAGAUUUUAGAGGGGUAAUAACCUCUUGGCAGGAGUCAAAAUGGCUUUUCUUCAUAAAGGCAUUUCUCGACUUCAAGCCGAAAAGCGUCUAUUACAAAACAAAGAGGAUGGAAGUUUUCUUAUACGAGAAAGUGAGACUGUACCAGGAGCCUAUGUGCUUUGUCUUCUUUGUCAAGGACGUGUUCACAAAUAUCGAAUCCUCCCUGAUUUGGAUGGCAAACUUUCUGUUCAAUCAGAAAACAGUUUGCUGGAGCCUAGAUUCGUGGAUUUAUCCCACCUAGUUCAAGAAUAUAUGAAACGAGGGGAUAAAAAUGGUCUUGUAUGUGCUAUGAAAAAAAUUGUGGCAGUAGAGCGUUCAGAAAAACUUGAUGAACCUGAUUCAGAUGAUGAUGAUUUUGAAGCCAAUGCAGCAGAUCCCAGUGCACGGCAUAAUACUGUCAGUACUCUUCGAAUGCAAUUCUUAAAGAAUUUUGCCAGAUUAGAUUUGUCCAAAACUGAAGGUGAAUUUAUGACCAUUCUCAAGCAAUACAUUGAUGAAGGUCAAGAUGAAGACCUUGUUUCAAUGAAAGCUGGAAACACCAAAUUACCUGGUCUUCAGAAACUGCUAUGGACUAUAGCUAAGCCCUUAGUCAAAGAGUUCGACAAUUUCUUAUUGAAAAUGGGUUUAGUUAGAGAUCUCUUCAGUGACGUACCCAAGGAACAGAAAUGGAAAGAGUUGGAGGCCGAGAAUUUUGGUGUUGAGGAAAUGUCCAACAAAUUCAAUGAGUGUAAAGCAGCUUUAGAAGAUCUGCAAGCUGGGGCUCAAGAUUUCUUGAAAAACUAUGGUAUAAAAGAUCAAGGAAGCCAUGGAGAUUAUACAGAAAUUGAUUUUGAUAUGAUGAAAACUGCCCCCUUUUUACAGUCUGUUCCACAACAGCCAAUUCCUGAAGCAAUAUUUGAAGUUCGGGCUGUGAAACAUGGAAAACCAAUGGGUCGAGUAACAUUAAAAGUUGAUGUUCAAACUGGCCGUUUGUUUGCUGUAAAACCUUCCAAAGAUAUUUUAGAUGCUAGUAACACAUUCUCCCAUGAAAAAAUUUUGCAGCUGAUCAAAAAAUCAACUGAUAACUGUCGACUGGAUAUUGUAAUAGAAGGGAAAAAGACAUUUACUUAUCAAUUUGAAAGUGUACAUGCCCGAGAAAACUUUUGUCAACAUAUAUGUCAAAUGAAGAGCAUGCAUUCUACUGCAGAAGAAAUAGAUCAAGUAUCUAUCUUUAUUGGAACAUGGAAUAUGGGUACUGCCCCAUUUACUGAAAGUCUUAAUAGCUGGGUACGAUGUCAAGGAGCAGGAAAAAUUCGAGAGCCCCUUGUAAUGGGAGUAAUUCCUCAUGAUUUAUAUGUAAUUGGAACCCAGGAGAGUUCAUUAACUGAAAAAGAUUGGGUCAACUGCCUAAAAGCUCAACUCAGACUUUCAAUGUCUAUUGAUCCUGAAAUCGUAUGUGUUUGUUCCCUAUGGGGUAUACGUCUUGUUGUCUUUACAAAAGCAGAACAUCAACACAGAAUAAGUCAUGUGGAGCACAGCAGUGUAAAAACAGGAAUUGCCAAUGCCCUGGGUAAUAAAGGUGCUGUGGCAAUAUCCAUGUACUUCAACGGAACGUCCAUAUGCUUUAUCAAUUCACACCUUGCUUCACGGAGUGAAAGACUAGCCAGACGCAAUCAGAACUAUCGUGAUAUUAUAAAAGGCCUAUCUCUAGGGCAGAAACACCUGAAUGUAUUUGAUGUAACAAAUCAAUUCCAUCACGUAUUUUGGUUUGGAGAUUUAAAUUAUCGAGUUGAAGAAAACAUCCAUUGUGUUUUGAAUAAGCUACAAGAAGGAGACAUUGAUAGUUUGCUUAUUCUAGAUCAGCUUAAAAUGACCCAGGAUUGUAAAGAUGCCUUUGUUGGAUUCCGUGAAGAGGCUAUUACAUUCCUUCCUACAUACAGAAUGGAACGAGGGGCAAAAGGCAAAUUGGUUUAUAACUGGAGGAAAGUGAAAAAAACCACUGGAGAUCGUAUUAAUGUGCCUUCCUGGUGUGAUAGGGUUAUGUGGCGAUCUUAUCCUGGAACGUUUAUAGAAAAUAUAGCAUACGGCUGUGCCGACGAUAUAUUGAGCAGUGAUCACCGGCCAGUAUUCAGUUCUUUUAAUAUUGGCAUAGCCUCACAGUUUAUUACCAACAGAGAAUCUUUGGUUGAUCAAACAUCUGUCCGCAUUAUCUUUGAUCUUGUCCAAGCAGAGAUUCGUACAUGUUCCAGCCAGUAUUUUGUUUUAGAGUUCUAUUCCAAUUGUCUUCCAAAUGUUAUUAGUAGUAAUCCUAACAAAACAUUUUAUGCGGAAAUUGCUGGUCUCUGCUGCCCCCAAUGGACAAAAGAUUCACUUCCUGAGCUCCAUCCAAUAUUUGGUGACCGAGAUUACCUAGAAGAACAGCACAUAUUAAUCGCCAUCCGAACAAGAGAUGGUGACCAUGAAUCAUAUGGUGAGUGUGUGGUAACCCUUAAGGAUAUGUAUUCAGUGCAACCCGAGCCAUUUGAGUACAUGUUAACACAUUUAGGUGAUGAAACAGGAAUAAUAAGAGGCAAGAUGCAUAUAUACACUCCUGAAAGUGCUCCAAGACGGCGCUCUUCAAAGAAAGUUUAUGAACUGGUUUCAAUCGAUACGGAGUAUCAUGAUCCAGAGCUUUAUCUUGUGGACUCCCCAAGACUUGAAAAGCUCAAUGAAGGGCGUUAUGUCAAUGCACCUCCUUUUAAUGGAUUCUCUGGAGCAGGUUACCCUGAAACAAAUCCAGCUCCCAUUCCCGCUCUACCCCCAACUACUACUAGUGUUGCUACUCAGGUAUACCCUCCUGAUAGCCAGCUCAGUGGUGAUCCCUGGCCAUUUGGCAUUACAGAUAAACAAGGUGUACUUACUUCCUUCGAGACUAGCACUGAUCCGAUGCUUGGUGCUUUGCCUCGUAAAGGCAAACCUUACAUGGGGCAGUCAAGUCUCGAAGUAGGUCAACGUCCGAUGUUGCCUGCACCUGUAACUCCAGUUGGCAGUACUGGAACUUCCAAGAUGACAGAGAGUGCUGUAUUCAGUUUUAGUAGCAGCGGUCCUGAAAGUGCUUCUGCAGAAGCAAGAGAUGCAAGUAUGGCUCCUCCUGUUCCUACACCAAGGAAAACUAAGCAUCAGUCCGAUGCUGGCUAUGCCCAUUUAAAGAAGCCCGAUACAGUUCAGGAAUGGCUUGGUUGUCUUGGCCUGUCAGAAUAUACUAAUACUUUCAUCAUUAAUGGUUGGGACUCAAUCUCUUAUCUCGGCUACCUGACAAAUGAUGACUUAGUAAAUAUGCACAUAAGGAACCCAAAACACCGUGAUCGUCUCUUGCGCAGUCUGCAGGACAUGAACCUGAAGUUCACUGGUUGAUCCCAAUUAUCAACAAAUGAAUUCCAGCUCAACAAAAGCAACAACAUUCAGCUCUGUGACUCUGCAAUAUCUUCCUUAGCCUUCCCUGUCUAUUUCUAUUUAUGCUGGCUGCUACAGGUUUUUUUUUUUUUUUUUUUUUCUUUUUAGGAGGCUAGAUGAAUGCUUCAUGGUACAUAUACAUGUAUUGCAAUAGCAUUUACAUAUUAAUGAUUGUAAAAUCUGUCACUCAAUCAGUCACACACAUCCAAACAUACACCACCAAAAAAUGUAUGUUUACUUUGAAGCUGUUUCUUUAGUUUGAUAGUACAGACACACACUUUUCAUACAAGCAUAUAUAUAUAUACUAAUGUACAUUUAUUCACUCAUACAAAUUGAAGUAUGGAUGUACAUUGAAGAUGUGACUCAAAUAACAAAUAUUGAAUUCUUGAUAAGAAUUCUGUUGUGACUAGCUUUUCUUUUCUUUUCUUUUUUUUAAGUCAUUGAAGAAGUACAUGAGAAAGCUACUACAUAAUGUGCAUUUGCACUUAAAUGUCAAGUAAGUUUGAAGUGUGUGUACAUAUAUAUGUGAGUAAAUGUGCCUGCAUAUCUAUACAUACACAAGCACACACACAUAUAUAUAUAUACACAAACACAUUCUUCAGAAAGAUUUCAUAUUUAACAUUACUUCCUAUAACAUUUGUUUAAAUUAUUUUUCACUUUGGAGGGAAUUUUGUUAAAGUUGCAACAGCAUUUGAUAAAUAUCAUUUUCAUUCUUAUUUGAUCUCUCUCUCUCUCUCUCUCUCUCUCUCUCUCCCCACCAUUUGUGUGCAUUUGUAUGUGAGUGUGAACAUUUAGAUAAGCAUGCACGCAUAAGUGUAUGCAAAUGAAUUUGUGACUACAGGAUUCUAUGAACACAUACAUGCAUAUAUGCACACACUCACAUAUGCACAUAUGUAUAUGUCUGUGCUUGUGUGUAUAUUCAUUUUUGUGUUGUGUGUGUGUAGUCACAUGCAUGCUGAGAUGUUUUAGUUAUGUAUAUAUUAAUAUAAAAAUGGUUUUCAUGCAAGCAGUCAGACACAUCCACUCACUGUAUUUUCAUCAAAUUUAUCAACAAAAUUUUACUUAUAUUACUAGAACAGACCUCAGUAUUGUUUUUGUAAUGGAUGUUGUUUGUGCAUUUAUGUGCACAUUUCAAUCUCACAAAGAAAAUUUUUAAAAAAGUUGCAAUAUAUACAUUUGACAAAAAUAUACAUGCAACUAAUUUUACUGUGCAAUAUAUAAAUGUAUCUAUAAAAAUAUGUCUAUGUGCAUAUAUGUGUGCAUGCAUGUACAUAUGUAUGUGUAUGUCUAUAUACAUUAAUACGUAUGUCUAUAGAUUAUUUCCAGAAAUAAUGCUGCUGUAUAAGUGAUUAAAAAUUAUUUACUCAAAUACGCAAAAGAAAAGGAAAAAAAGAAACUUUAGAAUUAACCUAUAAACAAACUUUCCAUACACUGCUGCAGUGUAUGUUCUUUUGCAUCUGUAUCAGAUGCAUUUUUCCCUAAAGUACCAUUAACCAGUGAAAGUUUUUUUUUUAAAGGGACAAGUAUUUUGUGUUUGGGAAUGGGAGGGAGCAACUAAAACCAAACUGCAUAAAAUUACUAUUAUGAUUUCUUUUUAUUUCUUAAUAAUGUAUAUUUCAUCUUCACAUAUUAAAUAUAUUCAUACAUUUUUAAGAUCUUAUGACAGCUUCAGAAAUUGCAAGAUCACACAAUAAAAGCUGUCCAUCUCUACAUAAAGAAAUAUGAGUCCUCUCAUUAUUGUUUGUUCCGCUGCCAGUUCAUUACAGUUCAGUCAAUCAUGUUAAGAAAUCAACCACUUGCUGUACAAGCUAUAAAAAACAGUAUCAAUAUAAACUGCAGCUGUGUUCUGUUGCCCUCUUUAAUAAUAUUAGUCUUAAUUGUAAGGAAUUAAAUUUUUUUUAAAUGUUAUCCUCUGUAGAUAUCUUUUAAUUUUCUUUUUAUGAAUGUUUGAGAUGAUUGAUAUGUACUUUUUAACUAUUUAUAUCCUUAUUUUGGAUGUUGAGUCAAUAUUUGAUAAUGUUAUAUUUUUCAAUUUAUUUAUCCCUGUUCAUUUGACUAUCUUUUAAUUUUACAAUAACGACAAUCUGUCUUAAAUUUUCUCUCAGUACCAACGCCACACAAUCUGAACAUUAUAGCUGCUUCUAUUCUAAAAUAGUGUGUGUGUAUGUGUAUAUGUUUGUGCAUGCAUGUGUAUGCGUGCACACGCAUUCUAUUUUAUAUGUAUGUUCUGUUGUAUCAGCAAAAGUCAGUGUGCAUGUAUAAAUGUGUCUGUAUUUGUAUAUACAAGCACGCAUAAAUAUAUAUAUAUACAUAUACACACAUUUACGUGUGUGUGUGUAGAGUUGUGUAUUGCAUCUAUCCUCUCUGAAUUUAUGACUGCUUAUGGCAGCUAAUAUUUUGGUUUGUUCUAUAGUUUUUGCAGGUUUUUUUUCUUCCUCUUACAUUUUUGUCUUUAGCAUUUCUUUGUAAUUUUUAUCAUUUACACUUUUUUUGUUUUUUUGCUUAGGACAUUCUGUUUUUUGUUUUUUUUUUGUUUAAAUAGUUAUAAAGAAUCUCAGCAUUAUUUGAAAUAAUCAGUGUUUUUGUAAUAUAUCAUUUAAAGAGAUUAUUUCGACAAAAUCAAAGUUUUUAUUUUAUUACACGUUGCAUCAGUAUUACUUCCAUACCUGUUGACUAAUUAAUUAGUUACCUGAAAAGUUUCUAAUCAUACAAGACAUUUUACCUAUGUAAAUAUACAUAUCAUUAAGUGAUGAUUUGAAUUCCAUUUAAAACCCUUGAUAAUGUUGAACAUUUACAUGCUCUCAUUGGUGAUUUAUAGCACCUGAAUAGCUAAUAAAACAUUUCAACAACAGUUGUUGAUGCUGUUAAACUGCCCAAAUGAGAGUCGAAGUGUUUAGAAACCUGCAUUGCUAAGAAAUGGAAAUUUUAUAUAUAUAUGUAUACAUGCAUGUAUGUAUGUAUACAUAUAUAUAUAUAUAUAUAUAUAUAUAUAUAUAUACAUGCACACAAACACACAACAUCUAAAUAGCAAACAGAAAGACACCAUUCCUAUAAUUUUCUUUCUUUUUUUUUUUUACUAUUAUUCACAAUAAAAAUGGGUUUGUUUUACUCCCAACAGAUACUAAAAGAAAAUAAGACACAAAAAAGACAAUUUUUUGUUAUCUUUUCAAUCCUAAUAUUGAUAAACUAGUCCUUUAAAAAAUGUUUAUGAAAUGUAGAGUUUCAAAUAAAUAUUUUACCCACUUCUACUUGUGUGGUGCAUUUGCCUUGUAGGCUUAGCCAACUCCUUCAGAUGAACCUGCAAUCCAAACAACUAUCAUCUAUUGUUGUCUAUAAUCUAAUCAAUUUCAGUUUACAACCAAUCUGACUUCCAACAGUAUUUGAGAACAACUAAUUUUUAAAAGUAUUAAAUUUAUAAGUUUAAGAUGGUUAGAGGUGGAUAAGAAAUAAUUUUACUGAUAUGAUUAAAAAUUAAACUAUAUAUUGAUUUUUCAGAUAGUUGGUCAUAGUAGACAGAGUAAGAAUGAUUGUAUUGUAAUAUAAAAGACAAAGUAGAACUAAAGAACGUAAGAGUACUUAUUAGUUCAUGGUUUAUACAGGGUGUCCCAGAAUUAACUAUCUAUUUCAAUGAAAUCGAGCAAAUCUUUAAAAAACUGACAGAAUUUCAUGUUUAUUAUUUACUUAUGACAUUAAAACAAAUAGAUUUAUAAAUCUUACAUCAAAACAAGUUUAGCUAAACUAUUGCUCCAUCCUAGGAAUGGAGGUAGAGAAAAUGAUUGCAGCCAAAUUGCAAAAAAUCUGUCAUGGACAGCUAAGCAGGAUCCAAUAGGAAUGAAAAUAAAAUGAUAGAAAAAUUAUAAAAAUUUAUCAUUAAAAUUAAAACUUUAUACACUUUUAAUACAUAUUUAAACAUGGUAAAUAUAAAUACAUAUGAUUUUUUAAAAGAAUUGUUCAAUUUCACUGAAGUAGAUGGUUAUUCUUGGACAAGCUGUAUAUCCUUUUUAUUACUCAUAUAUAAACUCGGAGGCUGGAAUGUAAAAGUUAAAUAACCUUUAAACUAAAGGGUGUUUAAUUUUGUUUUUCAGUUUUACUGCUUCUUUAUUUCUUCAAUAUAUGUUUACUUUUUAAGUUCUAAUGUCCUUUAAGCUGAUUUUAUUUAGUUUUUAAUAUCCUUGUUUUAUAAGUCAUUUUUUUAUAAUUUUAGUUUUACAAGCUGUUAGGGUGUACUUUUUUUUCCUUAGCUGUAUUGAAACUAAAGUCAAACCUCCUUCAAUUUCUAAAGACUUAUUCUAAAGGUAGUAUACAGAUUUAAAGGUCUCAAAGUUUUACUAUUACUGAAUAUUGUGUAAUAUAUAUAUAUAUAUUGGUAGUGGUUGUGAGGUAUAUAUAUAUAUAUAUAUAUAUAUAUAUAUAUAUAUAUAUAUAUAGGUUGGUGUCCACUAAAUACUUUAUAGUUUCUAACACAAUCACAUAUUACUUAAUGUAUGUUAACAGCCGACAUUGUUUAUGCCAGUAUUAAAGUGCUAUUUACUUAGGUAAUUCAUAUAAAAUUGAAAACCUCUGUGAGGUUGCUCCCUUCUGUGAAACUUUCAAAACAUAAAACUUUUCAAGGAAGGAAAUAAUCUUUUGAUAUUUAAUAUUUCUUUCAACAUAUUAUUUCACAGUGCCGCACAUUUAUAUUGUUUGUUUUUUUUUCUUUCUUUUUUUGGUCAAUUAUAAAUCCAAAUUAAAGUAUUUUAUAUUUAUUUGAGGGUUCUUUAUUGUUUUUAAAUUGAAAUAUAAUUUUGCUAUGAAUAUUUUCCUCAUUAAUUUUUUUCCAAUUGAAUUAUUUUGUAAAAGUUUUUAUUUUGUUUUGAUCAUACCAUAAUAGUAUUUUUUCAAAGUUUGCAUUAUAUUUAUUUUGUAUUAUUUUUAUUUGGUUCUAAUAUUGAAGGCAGUUUUAUUCAACAUUAAUCAUCAGUUUUUAUUUUUCUUUCAAAUGUUUAUGUUCCAACUGCAGCAAAAUUUUUUGUCCCAUACCUGUUUGUUUCAUAAAUAAAUAAUAAAAGAAAAAGACAAAAUGUACUUAUCCCGACGAUAACUUCAAUAAAUAUAUUUCUGGAGAAACUUUAGAGGAAACCUAGUUAAAUUAUAAUCGUAUGAAUAACAGUCAACAUGAAGUUCAUAUCCAGUUUAUGGUUAGUUAGGCAUUCAUAACCUGAAAAACAAGAAAAUGAUUCUAGACUAAAUUUAUAUUAAUACUAGGUCAUAUAAUGUUCUUUUCAUUGGAUUUUGUCAAUAUCUCCAGGAAAAUCAAAGAAUGUUACACUUCAGAAAUAAGUAAAAGUUUGAGCAAUUCAAAAUAAUAUUUUACUCUAAAAUGAAGCUUGUUCUCUUUGAUACCGAUAUAGAACAGUCAGUACUCUAUCCUUGUAUACACACACUAUGAGAAUUUUACUUAGGUGAAGAAAAUUAAUGUAAUGUUGAGCUGGCUAUGGGAGAAAAGAAUAUCCUUGUCGUUUUUUGUUUGUUUUUUUUUGGGGUUUUUCUUUUUUGGUUUUUUUUUUUUUUUUUUACAGUAUUGUGCGGUUAAAGUUUUUGAAAUAUCCUUAUCAGUAUUUUUGAAGUUUGAAGGAAGUUCUACUACAAGUUGAAAUGGAUUAUAAAAUUUAAAGAUGCUUGGGGAAAAAUGAAGAAACAUAUAGAUGAAAAGAUCGAGGUGUAAUGCAACUAUGUUGCUGAUUUGAGGUUUGAUAUUCUAUAUGAUUAUACAGAAUAACUACAGAAGAACUUACCUUAUCAGUUUGGUGGUGGGGGUGGAGGGUGAGAUUUGCUAUCUGGUUACAAAUAAAUGGCAUCUAAUCCUCAAUUAUGUCUCUCUCCCCCUCCCCUGCUUAUUAAUGAUUGACAAUUAUUCGGUUUAAAAAAGAAGUUCAAGUUUUUUUGGGGUUUUUUUUUUUCAAUAUUUGUCUUUAUGUUAUGAAAGCAUAAAUAUAUUUUUCUUUAUUAUCAUUUACUAAUUCUGAUGUUGUAGCAAACUUGUCCAAGUCUACCUAUGUUGAGUCUUCAGCUUUGACUGUAUAUAUUGUUUACAAAAAUGAGAGGAAAAAAAAAUCUAUUGGGGCAAGAAUCAGAUUUGGUCAAUGCAUCAUCUUCUUUACCUUCCUUAACCAUUUUUUAUAAACUUACUUGCCUAACUUUGACAUUUACAAUAUUAAACUGAAAAUAUCUGCACACUUUCUGCA